GUGAUUGCAUUUGUUUUGGGGUAUUGGAAACGGCCGUAUAACACAUAAUACAGGAUCCUUAUAAUGCCAUGAUAUAGUUGAGUAUCCGUCACUCAAAGUAUAAGUAAUUCAUAUAGUGGCAUAAUUCAAUUGAAAUAAUUUGUACAUAGUAAAUUUCCGUUUGUUUAAUAUAUUUAUUUGUCGUAAUUAAAUAGUAUUUUGUCUUGAUCAUACACAUUUUGCCGUCCGGAGUUUGAUUUUCUGUCCUGCUAAUUUGUCAAAUAUAUCUACUACUGUCCUCCAUGGGAAAAACAGACCCAUGGUGUGACAAAUGGGGGCUUGUCCGGGAAUCGAAUGCGAAUUUUGUCGUAGUGGAUGUGUUGACUGAAAUUAGUAGACAGUAAAAUUUAACCAGGGAAAUACACUAGUUGUAAAUAAGUUGCGUAGGUUCAAGUGGAGUAUAGAGACUCUGUUCAUGGGCUAUUGAUAGGGUCUGUCUCUGAUAUAGAAACCUAUGUCCUCGCCCCUUUGCUUCCUUUACACAGUGUGAUUGCGCUAAAUUGUUGAUCUAUUCAACCAAAGGGGACAAUUGUUCCUAUUGACAGAAGUGAUUUGAUUUUGUUGUGGCUUGUAGACAUUCUCACUCGAAAUUGUUGAUCGGUUCAGAGUUGCGUUGGUGAUCAUUUCGAUAGGGUCGAAUCGCGGACGCUGCGCAAAUACGGAAAGUGUCACGCAGGCGAAGUAUAGAGUGUUCAAUGUCCCAUAUGCAUAACUUGUGUAGUUCUGUACUGUUGAUCACUCUGUUGCUAAUUAACAUGGAGUUUGAGAGUUUUAUCAAGAUAGGACAGGAGAUAGGUCUUGAAGGAAUGGAGCUGGUCCAGUUUGCUCGUGAGCGAGAGCAAUUACAGGAAAAGAAACAGCGGGAACAUUACGAGAGGGAAGAACGCAGAAUUGAACGGGAGGAGAAGCAACAGGUAAGAGAACAUGAACGUGAAAUGAAGGCAUACGAAUUGCGAAUAGUGCAGGAACAUGCCCCUGUUAGUUCCGACCCUGGAGCUUCAAGUACAUUUAGGUACCCUCGAAGCUCGGCGAAAACCCCCAAACUUCCUUGUUUUAAUGAUCAAACAGAUGACAUGGAUGCCUACCUCCGACGAUUUGAACAGUUUGCGGAACUGAACAGUUGGCCUGAAGAAGAGUGGGGCCUGUCACUUAGUGCCCUUCUCAAAGGUAAAGCUUUGGAAGUGUUUUCAAGGUUACCAGUAGAAAAGGCUAAGGAUUUCUCAGAGAUUAAAACUGCUCUUUUGAAUCGUUUCAGACUAACAGAGGAAGGAUUUAGGCUGAAGUUUAGAACAUCAAAGCGGGAAACUGGUGAGCGAUACGCUCAGUUUGCUGACCGGUUGAAAGGAUACGUGGAAAGGUGGGUAGAGUUAGGGAAAAUAGAGAAAUCUUACGAUAAGGUUGUAGACCUUUUUGUUUCUGAACAGAUCCUGGAAGUGGCAGACAAGGACCUCGCACUCCACGUGAAAGAACGGAAGCCGAAGGACCUUGCCGAACUGACGGACAUCGCUGACCACUACAUGGAGGCUCAUGAUUGGUUGAAGAAGAAACCAGAUGUGGUGAGACCAAAAACGCACCCACCUAGGUACCAAUCCCAGACCACAGGUAAGAGUAACAGUCACAAAAGUUCACCCAGUCCAAAUGAAAAUUCACAUGCAAACAGACGAUGUUACAAAUGUGGUAAAACUGGCCAUAUUGCUCAGUACUGUAGAACCAAUCCAGCUAAUGCCCAACCGUCCAGUAAGUCCAACAAAGUUGCAGGUUUGAAGGUGGAAACUGAAAGUAAGGAACCAUCCCAGACUGGAGCUGCCUGCCUGAACAUGACAGUGACGCCGACGGAGGAAGUUGAGAAGACUGAUGUCCCGCAGGCUAGUGACAAGGCAUUUCCAUUCAUCAGUGCUGCAUGUACCAUUGAGCCAUCCAUGCCGGUGAGGAAAGGAGUAGUUGGAGCAAGAGAUCCACAAAGUCCAGAUGAGUCUUGGCAGCCUCCUUCAUCUCAGAGAGUGACAGUGGAGACAGCAACGACCGUGACAGAUGAGAAACCAGGUGGUGCAGUGGAAACUCGUGGUAUGAAGGUUCGGAAGGAGAGGGCUUUCCAACCACUAGUGGUGAUGGAGACUGAUGGGGAGACGGUGUCAAAAGAGGAGAUUUUGUUGGCGCAACAACAGGACCCUACUCUGGCUAAGUUGUGGAAGCAUGUUGACAACCAAGACCCACCUCGUGUGUCUGGUAAGGCUAAUGUUUCGAAAUAUGUCAAGCAUAGAGGUCUGUUGUACAGACAGUUUCAGUCCCCUAAAGUCGACAGAGGUAGAAUCAUAAAGCAGCUGGUAGUUCCUCAGAAGUAUCGGGGUAAGGUGUUGAAGCUUGCUCAUGACUCCCCUCUAGCUGGUCAUCUAGGUAUCAAGAAGAUGACUGAUAAAUUGUGUUUGAGUUUUUACUGGCCAGGAGUUUCUGGUGAUGUGCAGAGGUACUGCAGGUCAUGCGACAUCUGCCAGCGGACAGUGUCAAAAGGACGAGUUGGAAAGGUGUCACUGGGAGAAAUGCCACUGAUUGAUACCCCCUUCAAGCGUAUAGCCGUUGAUCUGGUGGGACCCAUACAUCCAAUAACCGACCGAGGUAACAGGUAUAUUUUGGUGGUGGUGGAUUAUGCAACGCGGUACCCGAGGCUGUAG